UCAUACCAAGCGACAUUUCUGACUGUGACGUCGAUUUUGUGCGACAGGUCGAAGAGAGGAGUCCGUCAUGGCGUCGUUACCUACGGAGUUGCAAAGCGGCGACGACGCUGAACUGGACGAAUUACUGGACAGUGCACUGGAUGACUUUGACAAGCAGUCUGCGCCUCCUGAACCUAAAGCACCUUCUUCCUCGUCCAGCCAUGGACCAGAAAUGCAACAGGAGCAGCCGCCGCUGCUGGAGGACUGCAAGCUCUUUGAGACACUCUUCGAGGGUGACAUGGCGGCUCAGGCCCAGCAGGAGUGGAAGAAAGCCAUGACGGAGCUGGCUCAGGAGGAGCCGGACCUGCUCGAGCAUUUUCAUAAACUCUCUGAGGCUGCCUGCAAAGUUGGGACUGACACGGCUUCUCAGCAAGAAUUUACCUCCUGCCUCAAAGAUACCCUCCGUGGCCUCGCCAAGAAUGCCGAUAACUUGCAGUCUUCUGGCCUGGCCGGAGAUGAUCUAGUAAAGGCCCUGGAAGGCUUGGGAUUGGACGAGGGCGGUGAAGGCGAGGGGGAUGAUGCCAACGUCCUUCCUAUUAUGCAAUCCAUAAUGCAAAAUCUUCUCUCCAAGGAGGUUCUCUACCCUUCCCUCAAGGAGAUUACCACUAAGUAUCCGGAGUGGUUGGAGGCCAAUAGGUCCAGCCUGAGCCCAGAAGACGUCCAACGCUACGAGCAGCAGGCCAUGGUCAUGGGAGAGAUCUGCCAGCGCUUUGAGAAAGAGGAAGACGGCGACAAGGUCUUUGAAGGCAUCAUGGACCUCAUGCAGAAGCUGCAGGAACUUGGACAGCCACCAAAGGAGCUUGCGGGAGACGCUCCUCCUGGCUUCAACUUUGACAUGGACUCCCUCAACCUCCCAGGGGGCGCUGGGUCGGCUGAACAAUGCUCCAUCAUGUGAUGAGGCGGCGGCUUGACCUCAGCUGCGGAAAGGGCCACACCCACCAGGAGUUGGCGGGCGGCAUUGUGAUAUUCAUGUCGCACAUGCUCGGCCUCAGGUUCCAAACAUACAGAGAAAUGUGGAUGAGGUUGCAAAAUUCCAACACAUACACGAACAUUUGAACAUCUCUGCAUUCGUAUUUUCAUCCAGCUCCUUGAUUAGAACUGUAUUCCCUCCUCCAGAAUGAUGAUACUGCACCCUCUCUGGCGUGUCUUUAACCCGCCUAUUAUGUUGCAGGUCAAAUUGACAAUAAUUUUCGGAAAGUGCCAUAGGGAAAAAAAGUCCUUUUAAAUAUUGUUUAUAUAUAAUAUUGAACCCGAUUACUAACCAUUUUAGUCAAUAUUUCGUGCAUUACUUAGAUUGCGUUUGAUUGAUCAUUCAAUCCUAUUUUCAUGUUGAAACCUUUUUAUUAAGCACAAACAUAUUUGUUGUAUGGGUUGAUUAUACAUGAACCAGCCGUUCGGACCCAGAAAUUACUUUUAUUUUUUGAAACUUAUAAUUAUUAUAAUUUUACACCUACUGUUAACUGAAAGGAAAAAAAAACUAUUAAAAUUUGUAGGUCAGUUUGACCUACAGUCUAAUAGAAGAGUGAAACAAAUAAUUUUUUAAAAUGGGGACAAAUAUUAGGUACAGUUCAAUUUUUCCAGUUGGAUUUUACUUGCUGUGUCAUAGGUUUGAGAAACUAACUGAAAGAAAAAUGAUUUAGGUACUGCUCAAAAUGAAAAAUUGAUGAUUUAGUGUUUUGGUGUCAGUUUGACCCACAGUGUAACGGAAUUGAACUAAUUCAAAUGAGAAACUCAACUUUAUAUCAGGAUAACACAUUUAAAAACUAUUCUUUUUUUUUUUUUUUUUUGCAGGACAAUUUGAGCCACUCUAUAACAAGAGGGGGCAGACUAACCAAAAGCAAGAAGGCAAGAAACCUCUGGUUUUUACAGCUCUUUUUGACCUGCAGUAUAACUGGAGGCUGAAACUAACUCAAAAGAAGGUGAUCAAAAAUGGUGCAAUUUAGAAAACAAAUUCAGAUAAACUUUGACCGGCAAUGUGACAGGACCGUUAAAAUGGGCUAGUUUGACCUCUCUACACAAAUUUAACUGAUGUGAGUGAGUCAUCUGUUCGUCCAUCCAUCCAUCCAUCCAUCCAUCCAUCCAUCCAUCCAUCAUCUACCGCUUAUCUGGGGCCGGGUCGCGGGGGCAACAGCUUUAGCAGGGAAGCCCAGACGUCCCUCUCCCUAGCUACUUCUUCCAGCUCUCCCCGGGGGAUCCUGAGACGUUCCCAGGCCAGCUGGGUGACAUAGUCUCUCCAGCGUGUCCUGGGUCUUCCUCGGGGUCUCCUCCCGGUGGGACAUGCCCGGAACACCUCACCAGGGAGAAUCAGAUGCCCAAGCCACCUCAUCUGGCUCCUCUCGAUGUGGAGGAGAAGCGCCUCGACUCUGAGCCCCUCCCGGAUGACUGAGCUUCUCACCUUAUCUCUAAGGGAGAGCCCGGACACCCUGCGGAGAAAACUUCGGCCGCUUGUAACCGGGAUCUCGUUCUUUCGGUCACGACCCAUAGCUCGUGACCAUAGAUGAGGGUUGGAACGUAGAUCGACCGGUAAAUUGAGAGCUGAGCCAAAGGACGAAGCUCCUUCUUCACCACGACAGACCGAUACAACGUCCGCAUCACAGUAGACGCUGCACCGAUCCGCCUGUCGAUCUCCCGCUCCCUCCUGCCCCCACUCGUGAACAAGACCCCAAGAUACUUAAACUCCUCCACUUGGGGCAAGAUCUCCUCCACGACCCGGAGGGGGCAGUCCACCCUUUUCCGACUGAGGACCAUGGUUUCAGAUUUGGAGGUGCUGAUUUUCAUCCCAACCGCUUCACACUCGGCUGCGAAACGCUCCAGUGAGAGUUGGAGAGCCCUGUUUGAAGGAGCCAACAGCACCACAUCAUUUGCAAAAAGCAGGGAUGCAAUACUGAGGCCCCCAAAACGGAUCCCCUCAACGCUUCGGCUGCGCCUAGAAAUUCUGUUCAUAAAGGUUAUGAACAGAAUCGGCAACAAAGGGCAGCCCUGGCGGAGUCUGACCUCCACUGGAAACAAUUCCGACUUACUGCCGGCAGCGAACCAAACUCUGACAUCGGUGGUAUAGUGACCGAACAGCCCGUAUCAGGGGGUUCGGUGCCCCAUACCCACGAAGCACCCCCCACAGAACUCCCCGAGGGACACGGUCAAACGCCUUCUCCAAGUCCACAAAACACAUGUAGACUGGUUGGGCGAAUUCCCACAUACCCUCGAGGACCCUGCUAAGGGUGUAGAGCUGGUCCACUGUUCCAUGGCUGUGACGAAAACCACACUGCUCCUCCUCAAUCUUAAGGCUCGACUUCCUGACGGACCUUCCUCUCCAGCACCCCUGAAUAGACCUUGCCAGGGAGGCUGAGGAGUGUGAUCCCUCUGCAGUUGGAACACACCCUGCGGUCCCCCUUUUUAAAAAGAGGGACUACCACCACCGUCUGUUUGUGUCUUAUUAUAAUAACAAACACCGCACUGUAUGUGUCUCCUUACAUCCAAAAAAAAAGAUAAUUGUUUCCCACAGUCAUCCUUCCCACAGUCAUCCCGGUAUUGAUCUGAAGUGAGUGAUUUGAUGAUGAUUAUAGUUUGAGGUUUCCUUGCUAAAGUGCUUCCCCUUGAGGAUUUGUGUGUUUCUAUUGUGAAGAUUGAUGUUUGCGUGAGUGGGGAGGGCUUCCAAGCUCUCCCUUUAAAAUGUGCAUUAACAAAAGGUCGGAGCACUUUGUGUGUG